UCGGCCAACCCCUUGGUCAGAGAGCUCAACGUUGAGGAUGGAGCCAGGAGGGGGGUCCUCAGCACCCCCGGCCCCCAUUGCCACCCUGGGGGAGCCAGAUGUUGGGCCUAGCAGCUCCUGCCUGGAGCAUCCAAGUACAGACCCGGGGAAGCUCUGCGCGCUCCCUGCUGGGCCUGGAGCCCACGGCGGGGACCCUGCCUCUGGUGGAGCUCUGGCAGCCAGGCCUCUGCAGUGGACAUGGGUUGAGCCCAGUGGCGGCACUAAGAUCCCUAACCGGGACAGCGGGAUAGACAGCCCCUCCUGCAGCGUGGUCAGUGAGCACUUCUCCUGCGAGGAGGGCAGCGAGGCGGGCCGAGGCCCCACCAUCAGAGGGCUGCACCUGGAGACCAGCCCUAGGGGUGAGGCCCCCCAGGAGGAGGCUGACAGCGAUGUGGGUGAGGGCAGCAGUGAGGAGCCGGACCCCGAGAUCAGCCCCUCAGGGGCCGACACAGAUCCAGCCAAGUGCUCUGAGCCCCAGAAGCUGCUCCACAUUGCCCAGGAGCUCCUGCACACCGAGGAGACCUACGUGAAGCGGCUGCAUCUGCUAGACCAGGUUUUCUGCACUCAGCUGACGGAAGCAGGGAUCCCUUCGGAAGUCACCACAGGCAUCUUCUCUAACAUCUCCUCCAUCUAUCGCUUCCACGGGCAGUUCCUCCUGCCUGAGUUGCAGACGCGGAUCACGAAUGAGUGGGACACGAACCCCCGGCUUGGAGACAUCCUGCAGAAGCUGGCCCCGUUCCUCAAGAUGUAUGGCGAAUAUGUCAAGAACUUCGACCGGGCCAUGGAGCUGGUGAGCACGUGGACCCAGCGCUCACUGGUGUUUAAAGACAUUGUCCAAGGCAUCCAGAAGCAGGAGGUGUGCGGAAACCUGACGCUGCAGCACCACAUGCUGGAGCCCGUGCAGAGGGUCCCCCGCUAUGAGCUGCUGCUCAAGGACUAUCUGAAGAGGCUCCCAGAGGACGCCCCAGACUGGAAGGAUGCAGAGAGGUCCCUGGAGCUCAUCUCCACAGCUGCCAACCACUCCAACGCUGCCAUUCGGAAAAUGGAAAAAAUGAACAAGCUCUUGGAGGUCUACGAGAGACUGGGUGGGGAGGAAGACAUCGUCAACCCUGCAAACGAGCUGAUUAAGGAGGGCCACAUCCAGAAGCUGUCGGCCAAGAAUGGCACGACCCAGGACCGCCACCUCUUCCUGUUCAACAGCAUGAUCCUUUACUGUGUGCCCAAACUGCGGCUCAUGGGCCAGAAGUUCAGUGUCCGGGAGAAGAUGGACAUUUCCGCCCUCCAGGUGCAGGAUGUCAUCAAGUCAAAUGCAGCCCACACGUUCGUCAUAACUGGAAAGAAAAGGUCCCUGGAGCUACAAACUCGGACAGAAGAGGAGAAGAAAGAAUGGAUCCAGGUCAUCGAGGCCACCAUUGAGAAGCACAAGCAGAACAGCCAGACGUUCAAGGCCUUCAGUGGCUCCCUCAGCCAGGACGAGGAGUCCUCCCUCAUGCCAGACCCGCCUAUGGUGAGUGCCGGCGUGGAGGUGCCCGCAGUGGCAGCCAACAGUGGAGGGGGUGCUGCAGGGGUUGAGCCCAAGAGAGGGUCCUCUAAGACCAAACGUGACAAGGAGAAGCAGGGCUGCAGCAGCUGCGGUGAGACCUUCAACUCCAUCACCAAAAGGAAGCACCACUGCAAGAUGUGCGGGGCGGUCAUCUGUGGGAAGUGCUCUGAGUUCAAGGCCGAGAACGGCAGGCAAAGCCGUGUCUGCCGAGAGUGUUUCCUGACCCAGCCAGUGACCCCCUUGAGCCCCAGCCUCGAGGAGCCCUUGGAGCCCAAGCAGAGCACAGAGAAGCCAGCUGCCACGGACCCCCCGCCCAGCCUGCUCUGCGGCCCCCUGCAGAUGUCGGGUGGCAGCACAGCCUGGAACAAGGUGUGGGCUGCCAUCUCGCAGUCAGACUCCCUGGAGUUGGUGCUGCACCUUCGAGGAGGCAGCCAGGAUGGCCCGCUGCUGUGCGUCAUCCCCCUCUCCGGCUGCAGGGUGAGUGUGGCGGACCCCACGGAGCACCUAGAUGCCGAGCACGUGUUGCAGCUGCAGCAGGCCCAGCAGUCUUUGUACCUGAGCACCCCGUCUGCCGAGUUGCGGCAGCAGUGGCUGGAGGCCCUGAGCUUGGCAGCCCACGGGCACGCGGCCCAGGCCAGCCUGGGGGCCCCGCAGCCCCAGGCCCCCACUGCCCCGUGAGCUGAGUCUCUGCCACGUCUCCUAGCUGUGCAGCCACCACGGCAAGGCCUCUACUCAUCGGAGAGGUGGUGUCAUGGCCACACGCAGGCAUGAAGGGAACCUGGACUGCUGAGGGGACAACAGGCCACAUAGCACCUGGAGGGUUCCUCCACGUCAGAGAGGAGAAAGAUGGGGCCCAGAGAUGGGAAGCCAGUUGCCCAGGGUCCCUCAAAGACCGGGGCCUCAGCCCUCAGGCCCAGCAGUGUGGCCCAGAGUGGGACGUGGGGUGACUGUCAAGUAAAUGCCCUCUGAGUGGGCAAUGAGGGGUCACCUGCGUCGGAAGACAGAGGAGCUUAUGGGUGGUGCUCAGGGACACCUGGUGGAUGUCUGCAGUCAUGCCACCCCUCCCGACAGCUGCCCACCCAUCUAUAACAUACACAUCCGUGUGAGCUGAACCAUAACUGGCCCCCUGGACUCCACCUGUCUCCUCUUUCCUCUCCUGGGGACUGGACACCGCCCCGUGCCACCUCAUAGCUCAGCACCUCAUUUGGGAAUGCCCGAGGGGUGAGUGGUGGGUUCCUGGAUAGUCAUGCUGCAGAACUACAGGGGGACCACACGGGCAUCAUGUGGGGGCUUGAGGUUUGUGCCUGCCUCCCCAGGUGGGUGGUGGACAGUGCUUAUCUGCAUAAAUAAAUGCUGGUAGCCAACAGGUGGACACAGCCCUGGGACAGGGUCUCCCCACAGUGGCCUGCUGGUGGUCAGAUGGAGAAUGACGGUAACAGAGGCGCAUAGCCAGUAACAGAGGCCCGGACCCCAAGCUAGCCCUGCAGGGUGCAAGUCACACCCCUGUGGAUGCCCCAGGAUGCAGCGGCAUCAGACAGCUCGGCCUCAGACAAGGUGCCAUGCCUGGAGAACUGCUCUGUGUCCCUGCUCAUGCUAGUGAGGUAGACAGAGCCAUUUGCCCUGUAGCAAGUGGAGCCAGACUUAGAUAUGGGAUCAUGAGGGUGCUGGGGACUCACAAAGACAUCAUGAAGGUCUAUGUGCACCAGAACCCUGAGGGCCUCGGGAGAGAGCAGAGGGACUUCAGGACUGAUGGCUGAGUAAUGUCCAGGCCCUUGGAACCGCCAUCCUCUAACAUCCACAAGGCACCCUGCAGGGAUGCCUGUCACUGCUCAGCCAUGGGUAGACUUGCAGGGCACCUACCUGGGGGCUGAGAGGGCCACUGUGGGAGCCAGAAAUGGAUGACUAGUCACAGUUGAGGUGGAGCACAGGUGAGGUGCUCAGGGCACAGGUGAGUCAGGAGUGGUACCCGGGUGAAGUGGGCAGGGCCCAGGUGAGGUACAGGUGAGGCAGGACAUGGCACAGGUAAACUACAGACCCAGGUGAGGCAGGCAGGGCACAGAUGAGUCAGCGCCAUCCCUCAUAUGCCUACCUGCUAUGCCUGAAUGCUGCCGCAGCUGUGUACCUGCUGUAUACCUGGGCCUCAAUCCUGCAUCUGUAAGAGCUCACCACCCUGCAGUGGGUGUCCUGAAGCUGCUUGAUACCAACAACCUGCCCAUUGGGAAGGGGAGACCAGGCCCUUCCAACUGCGCCCUUACUCAAGGGAACACAGCAAAUUCCCCUCCUGUGGUGUCAAGGCAGGGCCAGGGGGUGUCAGAGGCAGUGAAGGGACCUGGAGCCCAGCUGGCCCCUUCCCACUGGUCCUGCCCCUUCUCCCUCGGAGCCCUGCUAUCUCUGCUCACGCACUGACUGACGGGCCUCAUGGGGCUCCUUCUCAGGGUCAAUGCUGUAACACUCCAGUCCCACCUCAACCCCAGGAUGUUCCCAUUGGACAGUUGAGGAAACGGAGUCACAGAAAGGAUGCCCCCAAGAGUCCCACAGUUCCAGAUCAAGUGGGGAGCCAGAAUUGACCCGCUGGACAUGGUGCUGGGGUCCAAGGGGGCAAGACUGGGCCCCCCUUCCAGGGUCCUCACCCAGGGCACCCACGGUGGGUUCCUGCCCAGGGUCCCUGUGGCUGGUUCCCCAGUGAGCUCUCUGUGCACCAGGGCAGAACUGAGCCCUAUCCUCUCCCACCCAACAGCCUGGGGGGCACAUCACGUAGGUUUUCACAGUAAUUUCAGGAGGGUCCUGGCCUCACUCAGCACAUCGGAAGGCUGGCAAGGUGGGUGUUCUGUCCCUAGCAGCUCGGGGUCCACCAGGAUGUUAUAUUCCAUCAUGGUCCAUCAGAGAGUGUCCUGGGGCCUGUUGCAAGGGUGAAAGCAGGAGGCGUCCCACAGGUUGUGGCUGCAGCAGGACCAGGAAAAACGUCCUUGCUGUCCAGUUUGGACAGCACUGGGCCCUGAGGACACAAAAGAAGGGAAAUGCCCCUGUGUGGAGCUGCUAUUCCCUUUGAGUCAUUAAGAAGAAAAUGUGGGCUUCCUAGGUGGCGCAGUGGUUGAGAAUCCGCCUGCCAAUGCAGGGGACAUGGGUUCGAUCCCUGCCCCAGGAAGAUCCCACGUGCGGCAGAGUAACUAAGCCCGAGCACCACAACUAUUGAGCCUGCGCUUUAGAGUCCAUGAGCCACAACUACUGAGCCUAUGUGCUGCAGCUACUGAAGUCCACGCACCUAGGAGCCCGUGCACCACAAUGAAGAGUAGCCCCCAUUCACCGCAACUAAAAGAGAGACUGCGCACAGCAAAAAAAAAAAAAGAAAAAGAAAAAGAAACUCAACACAGCCAAUUAAAUAAAUAAAUAAAUAAGAAGAAGAAAAUGUGCAGCCAGUGCGGAGGAACAGAAGCAGGGAAGGGGACUGGGCAUGGUGGCGGGUGUGGCAGGAGGUCCCUAGGAGCUCACUCCUGACCAGGACAUCCUGGGGGAGGGGGUUGCAGGAAGGGUGCCUCGUUGAGCGCAGGGCCACCAAGGCUUGGAGGAGCCAGUGACACACAGCGAGGAGCAGAGGGAGCUUGGGGGAGAGAAGGCCUGGUCAUGGGGUCUCCACUGGGUCUCCUUUGGUGAUGCUCCGGGAGGCAAGAGCCACGAGGCAGGCUUGGGGGCCUUAACACAUCCAGUUGGCUGCAAUGGGGACGAUCAGGGCAGAGACGGAGGCAGGGCCUGGUGUCUCCAGCAGGUGUCUCAACACAGACCCUGUGGUGGGCCUGCUGGAGGCCAGCAGUCAUGGUGAUACAGGGGCCUCUCUGACAACUGUCCCCACGUAGGCAGGGGCCUGUGUGGCUAGAGCUUCCAGCUUUUCAGGAGAUGAAAGAAACUUAGAUGUUCUGUGUUAUAUCCCAAUAAAUGUUAAUAACUAUUGUGGAAUCUGAAGUCAUGGGGUGGGUGGCCAGUGCAUGGCCCCAGAAUGUAGGUCUGUCCCCAGGGACCCCUCCAGCGAGGGGCAUCUGGCCUGCCCUGCUCCCUCUGGAUGCCCCAGUAAGGACUAUGAGAAGUAGGCUGCCUGCCUGGGGUCUCCACACCACGUGUCUGGGUAGUCCUUGGGCUUCUUCCCAACUGCAUACUGCCCAUCUCCGUCCACUCUCAUCUUGCCCCCAUAGCCUGGGCCAGGGCACACUGCACAGCCCACCCACAGAGGGUGGAGGCUGGAAGCACACUGGCUUUCAGCCUCUCCACUGUCCUUCCUUUUCAAUCUCCUCCUUCUCCUCCUCUUCCUCCUCGUCCUCCUCCAUGAG